CUCAUAAAAAGUAAGAACACCCCUCACAUUUUUCUAAAUAUUUUAUAUCUUUUCAUGUGCCAACACUGUAGAAAUGACACUCUGCUACAAUGUAGUAGUAAGUGCACAGCCUGUAUAGCAGUGUACAUUUGCUGUCCCCUUAAAAUAACAACACACAGCCAUUAAUGUCUAAACCAUUGGCAACAGAAAUGAGUACACCACUAAAUGGAAAUGUUCAGAUUGGGCCCAAUUAGCCAAUUUCCCUCCCCGGUGACAUGUGAUUUGUUAGUGUUACAAGGUCUCAGGUGUGAAUGGGGAGCAGGUGUGUUAAAUUUGGUGUUAUCACUCUCACACUCUCUCAUACUGGUCACUGGAAGUUCAACAUGGCACCUCAUGGCAAAGAACUCUCUGAGGAUCUGAAAAAAAGAAUUGUUGCUCUACAUAAAGAUGGCCUAGGCUAUAAGAAGAGUGCCAAGACCCUGAAACUGAGUUGCAGCACGGUGGGCAAGACCAUACAGCGGUUUCACAGGACAGGUUCCACUCAGAAGUUGAGUGCACGUGCUCAGCGUCAUAUCCAGAGGUUGUCUUUGGGAAAUAGAUGUAUGAGGGCUGCCAGCAUUGCUGCAUAGGUUGAAGGGGUGGGGGGUCAGCCUGUCAGUGCUCAGACCAUACACCGCACACUGCAUCAAAUUGGUCUGCAUGGCUGUCAUCCCAGAAGGUAGCCUCUUCUAAAAAUGAUGCACAAGAAAGCCUGCAAACAGUUUGCUGAAGACAAGCAGACUAAGUGUCAGGAUUACAGUAUGAUCCAGCAUGUAGAAUUGUGUAACACAGAGGACUGAUAGGUAACAUAUACUGGACCUAAGAAUGGCCGGACUAACGUAGCAAAGAAUAGUCAGGAAUAGCCGAGGUCAAAGGAGACAGAAAGAGACACAACAAUAAGGAAAAGCCAGGGGUCAGGGAUGCCAGAAAACAGGGAUGUCAAAAUCAAUGUCAAAGUCAAAAUACCAGAAUAACCAGAAUCAAUAACGCACUCUCGGACAACCACAAGGGAAACCACGACAGGGCACAGAGCAAGAGGAGAACUAGGCCUAAAUACUUCCACUUAAGGGUUUACUGACUUUUGUUGACAAUGGUUUAGACAUUAAUGGGUGUGUGUUUAGUUAUUUUGAGGGGACAGCAAAUUUACA